AUGUGCAGAGAACUGCUCCGACCAAUUGAUUACGAGGCUGUCACUAACAGCCUCACAGAAAAGAAAUGUGCCUUUAUCACCACUCAGCCCUUAUAUAAGCGGCCUCGGCGGUUGCUCGCUACACCCCACCGACCGACCCAACCACACGCAGACGCAGCCAUGAAGUUGUACUUGCUCACCGCCGCUGGCGCCGGCGCCGCCGCCGUCGUCGUGGCCAUAGUCGCGGCCACGGCGGCAGCUGACGCGUAUGCGUCCUCCUCCUCCUCCUCGUCUGCUGGCGUGUUCUCGUCGCCUUGCUUCCUGUGGGCCGCGGCGAAUGUAAUCGUUCUCUGGCUCGUCUCGUCGUACCGUGGCCACACGGCCGCCGCCGCCGGUGAUGGGGUCGCGGAAGGCGGCGGCGGGGGAGACGGCGUGGACAUGGGGUUGUACACGUUAUCGCUGGGGCGGCGUGACGACGUGUUGUUUGCCGUGCCGGACGUUGUGGCGGACCUCGUUGACGCCGUCGCUGCGGCGCCGGUGGUGGUGACGACGACGGCGGCGGUGGCGGCGGCGAAGAAGAAGAAGAAGCAGCCGCGGGAGGAGAGAGCGGCGAAGAGGGGCACCAACCACCCGCGCGUCCGCAAGGCGUCGGCCGGCGGGGAGGCGCCGGUCAGAGCCGUCGCGGCGGAGGCCACGGCCAGGCCGGACAGCCCGCGCGUCAGGAAGGCGUCGGCUGGGGUGGUGGAGACACCGAGAAGCACCGUCGCGGCGGAGGCCAAGCCGGAUCAAGUCGUCGUCAAGAAGCCGGCCCUCGUCGAGGAGGAAUGGCUAACCUGGAACCUCGCCUCCACGGCGGAGGCCACGGCCAAGCCGGACAUGAGGAAGUCCGUCGUCGAGGUGGAGUGGCCAGACUGGUCCUCCUUCGUCGAGGAGGCUACGCCGGCCGACGCCAAGAAGCCCCUCGUCGAUGAGGACGAGUGGUCUGCCUGGGCUCUCGCUCUCGCUUGCACCACGGAGGCCAAGCCGGCCGUCGUCGAGAAGCCCGUCGUCGUCCAGGACCCAUGGCCAAGCAGGUGGACCAUCGCCGCGCCGGAGGUCAAGAAGGCUAUCAAGAAGCCCGUCGCCGUCGAGGAUCCAUGGCCAAGCAGCCGGACCAUCGCCGCCCCGGUGUCCAAGCCGCGCGGCGUCGUGAAGGAACCCGGCGAGGAGUGGGCGAUCACGGUCGCCACCACCACCGAGCCCAACACCAAGCCAGACGCCGACGGCGGCGCCGCCGACGACGUCUCCAUGGAAUCGAUGUGGCAGACCAUCCUGCAGAGCGGCCGGGCGCGGCCGGUGACCGUGCGGAAGAGCGAGACGUGGGCCACCGGCGAGCAGCCGCAGCGGGAGCGCGCCGCCGAGGCGUCCGUGGCGCGGAGGAGGGAGAUACGCAAGUCCGCCACGGCGACCAACAUGACCCCGCCGCCGUCGCCGCCGCACGUCCGGGCUCCCCCGCCGCCGGCCAGGCAGCCCUGGCGCACCCGGGACGUGCUCCCGGCGAUGCAGAACGACGAGCUGAUGCGCCGCGCCGAGAGCCUCAUCCGGCGCCACCACGAGCAGCUGCGCCUGCAGCGCCAGGAGUCCGAGCAGCGCCAGGCCCUGGAGCUGCAGCGCCGCCGCCCUCUCAUCCGCGUCUAAACCCCCGGCGCCACCGCCGCUCGCCGGCGGCGUGCCCCGGCCGUGCAUGCGUGCAUGCAAGGCCGGCGGUGUACAGAAGUAAGCUUAGCUAAAAGCUACAAGUGUGCAGUGCAGUGCAGUGAGCAAGUGACCAUGGUUAAUUUGUGCAGCGGUUUGAUGCACUAAUUAACCAUGCACUUGAUCAUCCAAAAUUACUGCUACUAGCAGUAGAUUAGAUAAUUUAGAUUAGGCUUCAAAAAAAGGUAGAGUUAGAUUGAAUCUGCAUGACUGCACAUGCAAGAUUAUGAUUGCAUUUUGAGUGCCUUGAUCCCCCUCUGCCUAGGGGAUUAAUGCAGUUAACUUGAACCCUUUGUGAAUUAAUGGAGGUAAUCAAGAACACUUGGUUUUUUUGAAAAA